AACGCACCGUCGCGCGCGACCAGCAUUCUGACCACUUCGAAACGGAGGCGAGUUUCGCUUUAAAGAAGCUUUAAAACGAGCUAAAGUUUCGUUUUAAAGGCGCUUUACAACGAAACGUUCUUCAAAUCAUGAUGUAAAGGAAAUGUUUUUACAUUGCGAUUUGAUUACGUCGGCCUGCAGACUUUUCCGUGAUGACACAAAACCAACCUGAGCUUGUCGAAGCAGGCGAAGUGAGACAAUGGCGCUGCAUUGUCAGGUGACUGGCAACUCUGGUUUGGGAGGUGCUUUUCCACAGCUGGUAAUUUGAUUCUUAUACAGAAGAUCUUAAAAUAUCCUCUUUGAAAGGCUUCCAGCUAUCACAUGGCGUAAAAGGAGACAUUUCCAGGCUGGUGCUCUGAGCAGGAUCCCACACUGAUCAGUGUCUGCAGAAAUCAGGCUUCUUCAGUGUUUCUUCAGCUUGUACUGGACUUUAAAAGGCUGUUUACAAUAGACCGGUGGGGGGUUAAGCAGUGAAUCCCUGAGUCUACUGUUUUCUUUUCUCUUUUGUUUUGAACCAUGAUGCCUUUUCUUUUGCCGGCCCACCCCUAGCACCUUGCAGUGAAUGGAGAACAUACUGGUUCUGCUUCCGAAGCACCGACAGGAACACGGGCUCUGCAGAAGCACGGCUGCAUGUGCCUUUCUGGACGUCUUUAUCAAUAGAUUGAUUUUCUCUAAAUCUUUAGUAACCAGCCAUAGUCCCUGUUAGCCUAUUUAAUGGGAUAAAUCAACUGGACAGAUCAGGUGCAAAACCAGAUCAAGAAAUAAGUACCAGUCUGACUUUUCCCCCAAAUAUUGUCCUAAGGAAUUCUUACAUUUUCUUGCUGAGUGCACUGUCUGUCUAAGGCCUCCGCAUGGUACUUUGGUCAAAAGAACAAGAUAAACUCCCUGACAUCAAGAUGUCCUCGGGGGACAUUGAGAUGAAGAAGGAGGGAGGUCCCUUGACCCCAACCUUCCUCAGUUCUAACUGCUCUGUCCACCCGCUGAUCCUCACCAGAGGCCCAGAAGAGAUGAGCCCACAAAAUGGAGGCGAGUUCGAGCUCACCGAGGUUACGUCUUUCACGGAAAGGAUUGGUGAGACCGGGGAAAACGAGGAGAGGUCAGAGAUCGUGGUGGCUUUAGACUGCCGGGCCAAUGCCAAAGGUCAACGAGAGGAGGAUGCUCUCCUGGAGAACGCAAGCCAGAGUAACGAGAGCGACGACAACAGCAUCAAUCAGAGCCCUGAGCCACCAGCGCCGCUCAAGGAGACAUCCGUUUCCAUCGGUCUUCAAGUGGUUUUUCCCUUUCUGCUGGCUGGCUUCGGAACGGUGGCAGCAGGAAUGUUGCUAGACAUUGUCCAACACUGGACAGUGUUCACAAAGGUGUCGGAAGUCUUCAUCCUUGUUCCUGCAUUGUUGGGGCUAAAAGGAAACUUAGAGAUGACGCUGGCCUCCCGGCUUUCAACAGCGGCUAAUAUUGGUCAGAUGGACACAGCCAAGGACAUGUGGAAGAUGAUCAUGGGGAACUUGGCUCUCAUCCAGGUCCAGGCCACAGUUGUCGGGUUCCUGGCUUCCAUAGCUGCUGUAAUCUUUGGCUGGCUCCCAGAGGGACAGUUCAAGCUGGGCCACGCAGUGCUGCUGUGUGCCUCCAGCAUGGCCACGGCCUUCAUCGCAUCGCUUCUCCUGGGUCUCAUCAUGAUUGGAGUGAUUGUCGCGUCGAGAAAAGUCGGCAUCAACCCGGACAACGUGGCCACACCCAUCGCCGCGAGCCUUGGAGAUCUGAUUACCUUGUCCCUGCUGGCAGGCAUCUCAACAGGGCUCUAUAAGAAGCUAGAGUACAAUGACUACGCCAACCCGCUGGUGUGUGCGGUGUUUGUUGCAAUGUGUCCUCUGUGGGUCCUGAUCGCCAGGAAGAUCCCAGCUACCAGAGAAGUCCUCUAUUCAGGCUGGGAACCGGUCAUCAUCGCAAUGGCCAUCAGCAGUGUUGGAGGUCUGAUCCUUGACAAGACAGUUAGCGACCCAAACUUCUCUGGCAUGGCUGUUUUCACUCCAGUCAUCAACGGUGUAGGAGGCAAUCUGGUGGCAGUUCAGGCCAGUCGGAUCUCCACCUAUCUCCACAUGAACGGGCUGCCCCUGGGAGACCCCAAUCUGGCGCCCAGGAAGUGUCCCACACCCUGCUCUUCUUUUUUCGGCUCCACUGUGAACUCUCGCUCUGCCCGUGUUCUCUUCUUCCUGGUUGCCCCGGGUCACGUCAUCUUCCUCUACACCAUUAACUCCCUGAGAGGGGGUCACACCACCCUGACCCCCAUCUUCAUCUCCUUCUACCUGGUAGCUGCUCUCCUGCAGGUCGCAAUCCUCCUGUACCUGGCUGACUGGAUGGUUCACUGGAUGUGGGGCCGAGGCAUGGACCCCGACAACUUCUCCAUCCCAUACCUGACUGCUCUGGGCGACCUCCUGGGAACCGGCUUCCUCGCCCUCUGCUUCCACAUGCGUUGGUUCAUCGGGGACAGAGACUCCAAUUUAGGCAACUGAUUACAUGCAAACAUAACGCACAAAAAAUCCCCUAAAACUUACACAUACUGUAAGCUUGCAUGCAAAACAAAACAAAACUUGAUGAACAUCACCCGUAUGCGUGAGUCUGAUGGUGGACAUCUACAAUUAAAGGGCUGAUCUCCCGAAGGGCUCUGGAUGACGUGUUCUUGGCAGAAUCUCACCCUCAGGAUAUCAGGACGCUGUUUUACUGUCGCCACAGCAGCAGCAGCAUGUAAAUCUUGAGUCUUGCUGUCACCAUGGAACACAGACCUCUUCAUCUCAACCCCCAACAUGCAAAAAAAAAAAAAACUCUGACCAAUGAUAGAUCCAGCCUCACAGGCUCCAGCGCUAAUUAAUCUUACCUAACACCUGAGUCCUACCACUUUUAUUAAUAUUCUUAUUCUUAACAAAUGAUGCAUUUGGUAUGAUUUGAUACCUGUUCUAUGUCCAUGUCAAGUCCUCAUUAUUUUCAAUGGGGACGAAAGCCCUUUUGUUUAAAAAAAAAAGUAGCAAAAAAAAAGAGCACAAGAGCACAAAAAAACCCCACACACCCAAACAAGCCUAGAACGAAUGCUUAAUCACCAAGUGCUGUUGAAUUAACUCUAAAAUCAUAUCUUAUGUCUUUGGUUAAAUGCAUUUGGUCUUUUAUGCUUCAUUACAGCAACAAAAGAGGUUCUGGUUUUACUUCAGGGGACUGGACCUAAAUUCUUUUUUAGCCCAGAUUCCAGGUCUUGGUUUGAAGAUGCGCUCCCAGUGUUUGCUGUCCCUCAUAGACUAGAAGAGUCUGUUAAGUUUUUGCUCAUUCAGUGCAGUGAGAAAUAUUUUCUCCUUUUUCCUAAUAAUAUCAAACACGCAUGUCCAACAUUCUUAGAGUCCUCCAGGAGCUCUGGUUUAUCUUUAACCCCUUUUAGAUUUAUUGUUGUAAAAUUUGCCUUAAUGUGCCUGUUGAUGCAUAUUUCAUUUGCACCAAGGAUCCCUUUGAAAGCACUUUGCUGCCAUUUAGCUUUCAGAUUCAUUCUCAAUUAUACCUAGUUUAGGCUUGUUUGCAUACUAAAUAUCUUUAGAAUAAAAAUAUCUACUUAACUUAACACCUGCUUGACAGAAAACACACAAAGAGUUAAUAUUUUUUUAAAUGAUAAAUCGGUUCAGGCAUUAGCAGGUUUAAUAUUGGAACAGCAUGUGUUUGGUGCCUGUAUUCAGAAAAUUCAGCCUUUCUGAGAUAAAACAUGGAUAUGUUUUUGUUUGAGCACCUGAGAGUUUAGUGUGGACUGCUAAAGGUCAGGGAAGAUGCUUUUUUGUGAGACCAAGUUCCAAGUUUGUUUUCUUGGCCAGGGAAAUCCGAUAAAACAAAGAAAACUCAAUAUGACGCUAUGCAUAGCAGUUAAUCCUGAGAGUUAAUUUCAGUGAUGGGCUCAAAGGUUCAAAGGUAGUUUGAUGGAAGCAUUUACCUACUAGAGCUUGGACAUAAAUUCAGAGGGAAUAUCUCCUUUGUAAAUGGGGAAAUAAUUAUUGUUAUGACCAGAUGCAAAACUCAUUAUGGCAAGGUUAAUAUCUCAUUAAAGCCAAAAUAUCUUCUCUUUUAAGUAAUAAAGGUCAUAACAACACCUCUUUUAUAUAUAGAAGAAAAAUCACAGCGAGCCCCUUCAGGCCUUUUUAGCAAGUUGUAAUUUGCCAGAGGAGCGUAUUUUUUCUUCUCACCAAAUUUAAUAAUUUUCUUAUUAUAGCUUACAUCUUCCUAAAACAAGAAAUUUUCUGAUCAAAGCGAGAAACUUUCUCUUUGUAAGAUCCUGAAUUGAUUUCCCAGCUUUGGCAGUUAAAAGGUUUCUGUAGAUCUGGGUGUUUAAUCGUGCCUUUCUAAAAUUGCUAGGACAUGCUGACACAGUGGUUCAUCAGUCUGACAGCAGAUGAAAGAUUCCGAAUUUAUAUUCUCUGUGGAAACAUAGGCCAUUUUUGGCAGCAUACUAAUUAGUAUUUUUAUUUUUUUAUUUUUUUGUUCUUUUAUUUAUUUAUUUUUUUACCGUUAAGUAAUUUUGUCAGGCAUGGGCUGGUCACCAGUAUCAAAGCAGGCCUAAGUUUUAGAAAGUUCAAAAUCACAAAGAGUCCUUGUCGUAUCGUUGCCUUGUGCUUAAAGUUCUUCUGCUGUGUAGCCCAAGGAGAAAUGCAGAGCUGGAAAUCAACAGUCAGAUAAGUAACAGGCAGUGAAGAUGUGGGAACUAAGCAAGCCCGACACACACCUCUUUCUAACUCUUUAAAACUCCAGCUUUAAAAGUACAUUUCAUAUAAAAUGUUUAAAUAAAAGCAAAUAGAUUACUUCAGUCUAAACUGAAAUUCAACUACAGUGAAAUUGGCAUAUUUUUAUUUCAGGUUAUCGUACCAUGAGAAUGUUAUACCAGCUUCUGGCUAGUUUGAAUGUUGGUUUUGCCCUCUGCUUUUCAUUCACAAAAUGAGCAACGUUUCAUAUUUUUUCAGUGACUUUUGUUCAAAACCAGUGUUCAAAACACCAGCUGAUAAAAUGUCUACUUUUUUGAAGGCACGGAGCUAAAUCCGUUCGCUCCAAUGAAAUUGCCUGAAAUAGCUUUACUGUGCUAUGGGAACAAAGAGCAAGAGUCCAGCAACAAGCUAGCUAACUUAGCUCAUGUUGCUCUUUAGACUGAUAAUUCCUUCUGCUGCUAUAAAGCUCUUAGCAAUAUAAAAUAUGGGUUUCAGACUGUUAAAAGACUGUAAGGCAUCUUUAAAGUAACUCAUGGGACUCAUUAUAUUCUUAGCAACUACUAGCUAGAAGUUAAUGAGAUCGCAGCUGGGUGUUUUAUUUUUUUAGAAAACUUUUUCCUCUUUCAAUAUUGUUUCUACUGAAGUGAUCUCACACUACACAACAUGCUAACACGAAUGUCAGGUAAUAAAUCAUUUUUUGAUAAAUGACUUAUUACAUUUAUUAAAAAAUGUAGUAAGUCAGAACACCAAGAUGGGAGACUUUUUUCAACAAUGCUAAGUUGUUAGCAUUAGCAACAACUCAUGUCAAAAAUAAACAAUUUUUGAGAGAAUAUAAUAAACGUUGACACAUAAAGAUACUGAUUAUUUAUACAAAGAACUUAUAACAAGAAACCACAUAGUGAAAUAACAUUUUAUUUAUUUAACUCAGUAAUGCACAGUUAAAUAAAUAAAAGUUGAUUUUGUUGAUGCUGUUGUCCUAUUCUAUGAACAGUGCCAGUUUUUGUUGUGUCUUUCAUUUGUUUUCUUUUGUAAAACAUAAAUAGGAUCUGCUAACAUUCAUCUGUAUGGUAUGGAAUGAAUCCAAACUCUUGGAUGAAGUUUAUUUAAGGACAAGAAUCUUCUCUAGUGUUUUUCUGUUCCACUUUAGCGUAUAUAUAUAUAUAUAUAUAUAUAUAUUCUUUUUCCUACCGCCCUCCACAAAAGGCCUGUCAUCAGAUCAGCUUUCCUGUCUUCAAUGGCCUACGGUUGUUCUCUAUUUCGACAGGCUUCCAAGUAGAAAUGAUAGCGGAGGAGAAAGCGUCAUGCGAUGUUUUACUUUUAAUUGUUGUUUUUCUUAAUGGGGCCAGCAAAAAGCACAAGCAGAGCACAUAGUGCGAAUGUGCAAAAAUUUAUUUCAAUUGUUAAAAAUCCUUUGCUUUGUGGUCUUAAAGAUUUUUUUUUAUGUCAGGUGUUUUGAGCUUGUUUUCUUUUUAUAUGUAUAUAUAUAUUCCAUUUUUUUGUCCUCAUUUUUUUAUCUCUCAGAGAUGAUCGUUUUGUGUUCUUAAAUGAAAUCGCGCAUCCACUCAAAGAACAAUCUUUUCUGUGCCAUCUGAAUGCAUCGAUGUACUGUAGUUAGAAAAUCCACCACCAGAUGGCACUGUGAGGCUUAACUUACAUAAAGAACUUGUUCUCCGUAUUCAAAUUGCCCACCCAGACAUAGCUGCCACUUUGCCUUUGGCUUUUCAUCCUUCCAUCUGUCUCUAUCAGUUUGUAUCCUUGACACUCUUUUUCAAACCGGUGCCAGCAUCCUUCUCUUCUUCAACAAAAAGUUGUGUAUACUUCUAUAAAAAGGCAAGAAAUGCUACAUCUAUUUAUUUUUUAGAAGCACACAAAGCAAAUUGUACAUACUAUAUUUAUUCUAUAUGUAAGGUUGUUUAUUUUGUCAUUUUCUUUUGGCUGAGUCCGAUUGUCAUCAGUGUUGUCAGAUUUCCUAUCUGCAAAUGGCCAUUGGCCAGCAUUUUGGUACUCAUUGAAAUAAGUAUGACAGCACUGAGCUUAAUGAUUAUCACAGUGCCUAAUAGGAGUCGUCACAUGAACAGAUUAUAUACAGAAAUGUCCCUCCUGAAAUGAGGAACUCAUCCGUCAAUGAAAGCUCAACUCUUAGAGUAACCAAUCAGGAGUUAUAUAAGCCACAGAGUAGAGUUUGUUUAAUUAGAUUGGAUAAAUAAAUGAUGUACAGUGUGAUUAUUGCAAUGUGUGAAUGUGAAAAUGACUGCGGCCACGGACAGCAGAGGUGUGACUGUCGCUUUUUGUUCAUGUGGCACCGCAGACAUCUGGGAAACACUAGAAGUGAGCUUCCAGAACUUCCAGAUAGAAAGUAGACAUUGUUCCAACAGCAAUCUAAUAACACUCACCACCCAGCUUCUGCUUUGUAUAACCAAGUGCUUUAAACUAUUGAGCCCUAAUAGGGAAUCCCACUGACAGGCCGCCGGCAUCCAGCUGUUGAACCGUAAUGUCCACCCGUCCACUGCGCUGCCUUUAGGGACUACUGAUGUAGACAAAUGCAGUCUUGUAAUGUCUGACGUCUUUUACAUGUUUGUCUUCUAAAAAGCCCCCCUUCUGUGAGGCAGGAGGAAGGCUUUCUCUCUGCAGGACAUUGUAAUUUGCUGGAAAUAAAUAAAUGACUAUUAUUUCAUACA